AUGGCACCAGUCAAAACAAUCCAUCCUAACAGCCCUGCAUCCCUGUCCCUAUAUUCAAUCGUCGAAAGAAGUGGUAAAAAGGGCAACUGGGCAAAUAGAAAUCGUGGGGUUGUCCUUGUCUUCUGCAUCGUCUUUCUGGUCGUGGUCGGAAUCAUGGCUCUUUUUGCAUACCGACGAAUGUUGAAACGGAAAGCCGACAAGGAGUCGUUUGAGACAACGCGUGAUUAG